ACCAGACUACAAAAGCAGCAGAGAGAUAGGAGGGAAUAAAUGUCUGAGGUCUAAAUCGAGAUGAAUCGGUGUUAAGAUUUUGUAAUCGAAAAGUGAAAUCAGUUGCUACUGAUUUAGAGAACGAUAAUGUAUAAUCAAGAAGAAGAGAUGGUAUAUGAGGCGGACGAUGACGGAGAUGAAAUCACCGCCGACCUUUGGCAGGAAGCAUGUUGGAUCGUCAUCAGCUCAUACUUUGAUGAGAAAGGUCUGGUGCGGCAACAGUUGGACUCGUUCGACGAGUUUAUUCAGAUGUCGGUACAGAGAAUUGUAGAGGACUCCCCACAAAUCGACUUGCAAGCGGAGGCACAACAUACAUCAGGGAUUGUUGAAACACCACCAAGAUACUUGUUGAAAUUUGAACAAAUUUACCUGUCCAAGCCCACGCAUUGGGAAAAAGACGGAGCUCCCAGUCCCAUGAUGCCAAACGAGGCCAGACUCCGAAAUCUCACAUACUCAGCUCCUCUAUAUGUGGACAUCACAAAGACAGUGGUAAAAGAAGGCGAGGACCCAGUUGAAACGCAGCAUCAAAAGACCUUCAUUGGAAAAAUACCCAUCAUGCUUCGGUCGACAUACUGUUUAUUAUACAACCUAAUGGACCGUGAUUUGACAGAGUUAAACGAGUGCCCUCUGGACCCUGGAGGGUAUUUCAUUAUAAACGGGUCCGAGAAAGUUCUCAUUGCGCAGGAGAAGAUGGCUACAAAUACAGUUUAUGUCUUUCAACAAAAGGACUCUAAAUAUGCCUUCAAAACAGAGAUCAGGUCAUGUCUGGAGCAUUCCUCAAGACCGACCAGUACCCUGUGGGUCAACAUGAUGGCCAGAGGGGGAGGGGGAGCCAAGAAGAGCGCCAUCGGACAGAGGAUCAUCGGCAUUCUUCCAUACAUCAAGCAGGAGAUCCCCAUCAUCAUUGUGUUCAGAGCCCUCGGCUUCGUGUCAGACAGAGACAUCUUGGAGCACAUCAUUUACGAUUUUGAUGAUCCAGAAAUGAUGGAAAUGGUGAAACCCUCUCUUGAUGAAGCCUUUGUGAUUCAGGAGCAAAAUGUGGCCUUGAACUUUAUUGGGUCAAGAGGGGCUCGGCCAGGCGUGACCAAGGAGAAGCGAAUCAAAUAUGCCAGGGAGAUCCUGCAGAAGGAAAUGCUGCCUCACGUGGGAGUGAGUGAUUUCUGUGAGACCAAGAAGGCUUACUUCUUAGGAUACAUGGUGCAUCGAUUACUACUGGCUGCUAUUGGUCGAAGAGAAGUGGACGACAGAGAUCAUUAUGGCAACAAGCGCCUGGAUUUAGCUGGUCCUCUCUUGGCCUUCUUAUUCAGAGGGUUAUUCCGUAACUUGAUGAAGGAGGUACGGCUGUAUGCCCAGAAGUUCAUUGACCGAGGGAAAGACUUCAACCUGGAGCUGGCCAUCAAGACCAGGAUCAUCACAGACGGACUCAAGUACUCCCUGGCCACAGGCAACUGGGGGGACCAGAAAAAGGCCCAUCAGGCCAGGGCAGGGGUGUCACAGGUGUUGAACAGGUUGACAUUUGCUUCAACACUAUCACAUCUAAGAAGAUUGAACUCACCGAUAGGUCGGGACGGAAAGCUCGCUCGACCGCGUCAGCUUCACAACACUCAGUGGGGCAUGAUAUGUCCGGCAGAAACCCCAGAGGGAAGUGCUGUAGGGCUGGUGAAGAACUUGGCCCUGAUGGCCUAUAUAUCUGUCGGUUCUCAGCCAUCCCCCAUUCUGGAGUUCUUGGAGGAGUGGAGCAUGGAAAACCUAGAGGAGGUGUCCCCGUCAGCCAUUCAAGAUGCCACAAAAAUAUUUGUGAAUGGUUGUUGGGUAGGAAUUCAUCGAGACCCUGAACAGCUUAUGAACACUCUCCGUAAACUGCGACGUGAAAUGGACAUCAUUGUCUCAGAGGUGUCAAUGAUCAGAGAUAUAAGAGACAGAGAAAUUCGUAUCUAUACCGAUGCUGGCAGAAUUUGCCGUCCACUGCUGAUUGUAGAAAACCAGAAACUGCUACUGAAACAGAGUCACAUUAAACAGUUAAAGCAGCGAGAAUACAACAACUACAGUUGGCAGGACUUGGUAGCCAGUGGGGUGGUGGAAUACAUUGACCCCCUGGAGGAGGAAUCCAUCAUGCUGGCCAUGACCCCAGACGACCUCUCAGACAAGGACGUCCAGUACUGCUCCACCUAUACCCACUGUGAGAUCCACCCUGCCAUGAUCCUGGGUGUGUGUGCCUCCAUCAUUCCAUUCCCCGAUCAUAACCAGUCACCCCGUAACACCUACCAGUCUGCUAUGGGUAAACAAGCUAUGGGGGUGUACAUCACCAACUUCCACGUGCGUAUGGACACCCUGGCGCACGGCCUGCUCUACCCACAGAAACCCCUUGUCACCACCCGCUCCAUGGAGUACCUGCGAUUCAGGGAGCUCCCCGCAGGUAUUAACUCGAUUGUGGCCAUCGCGUCCUACACAGGAUACAACCAGGAAGAUUCGGUGAUCAUCAAUGCUUCAGCCAUCGAGAGGGGCUUCUUCAGGUCCUUUUUCUUCCGAUCUUACAAAGACUCGGAAUCGAAGAAAGGAUUGGACCAAGAGGAAAUAUUUGAGAAACCAACUCGAGAGAAUGUCCAAGGCAUGAGACAGGCUGUGUAUGAUAAACUGGACGAGGACGGAAUUAUCUCCCCUGGAAUCAGAGUGUCGGGAGACGACGUACUGAUUGGGAAGACUCUCACACUCCCUGCCAACGAAGAUGAGCUGGAGGGUACCACCAAAAGGUUCACCAAGCGUGACGCGAGCGUGUUCAUGCGGCGGAGCGAGACAGGAAUUAUUGACCAGGUGAUGAUUACGCUGAACCAAGAGGGCUACAAGUUCUGUAAGAUCCGCGUCAGGACCGUCAAGACGCCGCAGAUCGGCGACAAGUUCGCUAGUCGCCACGGACAGAAAGGAACCUGUGGUAUCACCUACAGACAGGAGGACAUGCCCUUUACCUGUGAGGGGAUCACCCCAGACAUCAUUAUCAACCCCCACGCUGUCCCCAGUCGUAUGACCAUCGGUCACUUGAUCGAAUGUCUCCAGGGAAAAGUGGCCGCCAACAAGGGCGAGAUUGGAGAUGCCACACCCUUUAAUGACGCCGUCAACGUACAGAAAGUCUCCAACCUGCUCCAUCAGUACGGAUAUCAUCAGCGUGGAAACGAGGUGCUGUUCAAUGGAUUCACGGGCAGGAAGCUGAACGCCCAGAUUUUCCUGGGCCCCACCUACUACCAGCGUCUGAAGCAUAUGGUGGACGACAAAAUCCACUCUAGAGCCAGAGGGCCUCUACAGAUCCUCAACCGACAGCCCAUGGAGGGCAGGGCUAGAGAUGGUGGUUUACGUUUCGGUGAGAUGGAGCGAGAUUGUCAGAUAGCUCACGGUGCUGCCCAGUUCCUGCGAGAGCGUCUCUUUGAGGCGUCGGAUCCGUACAGAGUCCACGUGUGCAACUUCUGCGGCCUCAUAGCCAUAGCCAACCUCCGCAACCAGACCUUUGAAUGCAGAGGCUGCAAAAACAAGACACAGAUCUCCCAGAUCCGUAUUCCAUACGCCUGCAAGCUCCUCUUCCAGGAGUUGAUGUCCAUGAGCAUUGCUCCACGUAUGAUGGUCAUGGGAUGAAAUGACAGCGGUGUUAUAUGACAACCAUCGAUUGAAAGGACAGACGUUGUACAAGAUAAUGUUUCAACAUGUAUAGACAGUUCCAGUUUGGAUCAUUACGCACAAGUACAUAGUGAAUGCUUCAGAGCUAUUAAGUGAGAUCAUUGUUGGCAGGUGAACGUCAAGGUCUUUUAUGAUCUGCUUGGAUAAUAAUUUGCUUGUCAAAUGUAUAGGGUAAAGAGAAACCCCCAAAAAGUCACUGUAUACUGAUACAAUUGUACCUGAAGAAGCUGUUCAAAAAUGACUGUUUGUUCAAGCACAAAUACAAGUACUAGAAUGAUAGUUAAAAAAUGGUCUGAUUUUUGACCUAGAAUAAAAAUCUUGUAUUCAUGGCUCAAAACCAUUGCAAAAUAUCAUGUACAUAUUUUAUGUGUUGUCAACAACAAUCAUAAUGGUCAUAUAUUCAUCUCAUCGCCGUGGAUACAACAUUUCACAAAAAAGACUCCAUACUGUUCCAAAUCAAAGCAGUGGGAAUUCAUUGGCCGCAUGUUGUGAAAUAAGUAAUUUGUUUGCAUUUCAUUAAAAUGUUUGGAACUGAUGAGUUCUUAUUGAAAUAUUUUUAAUAAAAAAUCAUUAAAUGAU